AUGCAUACCUGCUCUGGAGCUAUCAUGGGUUCCCUUGAACAGUCUGUGUGGAUUAAGAAAUCAACAUUCUUCCCAAAAAGACCUGGUUUCACUAAGUUUCCACAUCAGCUGAAUCUUGGAUCACUCAAGCCGUGUAAAUCAUCUAAAGUUGAAGGUAGAUUGAUUACUGGGAACCCAUCCACUACUUGUGUCCCAAUCACAGUUAUUGAAGGAGGUGAUGGAAAUGGGUUUGUUGACCAUCAACUGAGUAAUGUUGACCCUGAAGUUAGUGCAAUAAUAUACAAUGAAAAGCAACAUCAGUUUAGAAGCUUGGAGCUUAUUGCAUCAGAAAACUUCACAUCAAGAGCUGUUAUGGAAGCAGUUGGAUCUUGCCUUACAAACAAAUAUUCUAAAGGACUUCCUAGAAAAAGAUAUCUUGCUAUUAUCGGUUCUUAA